GGGUGCCCGUGGAUGAUGAGAGACAGCGGCGGAAGCUUGGCACAGAACCGCUGGCAGGGGGAAUUGGCACUUGCUGUGGGCCAGGAGGGCAGUGGGGGCGGGGGAAUGCCCGGGGGGCAUCUUAUGGACCCCAGCUCCCCUCCCAAUGCCCCCAGUCCUAUGCACCUCAAACUGGGCCACAAAGAGAGAGUGUGGGGAGAUGAAUACAUGGAGCAAGAGGCGAUAGAGGAAGACGGAUACGAAGAUGAAGACGAAGAGGGAAGAAUAGAUUUCGAGCAGGCUCCUUUGGAGGAGGAUGAUGACGGAAUGGAGGACUGGCAAGUUCCACAUCCCUUCCUUCCAACAUCCUUAGGAGAGCAGCAGCAUCAGCACCACCUGACUCUGCAGGAGGAUCGGGCCGAACACGAAGCGGAGGACUCACCUGAGAGCCCUCUGCGAGUCAGGCUGCGCGGGCUCCGACAGCGGCGGAUGAAGCGCUGGAGAAGACUCCGCGCGCACGCCGGGUUGCGGUUCCGUCUGGCCCAGAACUGGAGGACGUGGCGCCAGCGUGCACAGUGGGUCGGCUCCCUCGGACACGGGAAGGCAAGGCGGUGGCGCCAGUACGGUCUCUACGGAAACAAGCAGAGACGGCACGGCAGCCUGAACAGCCCGCGGUUAGGGACCGCUACAGUCAGCAAACCUGAGACAGAAUCCCGAUUAUGCGGUGUGAACGGUUACCGAGGUGAUUCGCAGUCCAGUUCAUCCGUCAGCACGGGGGAAACCGGAGGACGAAACUUCUUCUCCAUGCGUGAGAAGCCCAACAACCAGCCCAUGGAAAUGGCCCUCAGAGAGGAGCACAUAACAUGUGUCCAUGGGAUUUUGGACGAGGCCCUCCAGCAGUACGGAAGCCUGAUCCCCAUCCAUGCUGACGACAUCGUGGAGCGUCUUCAGGACAUCUUCAGCGAGAACUUCUCACAGCCUCACAGGAAAGCAGUGGUUCAACACCUAAUCCAGUCCUACCAGAGGACAUCGGGCCCUGCCAUGGUGCGAGGGUUCCGUGUAAACUACAAACGCCAUGUCCUCACGAUGGAUGAUCUUAGCACCCUCUAUGGACAGAACUGGCUGAACGAUCAGGUUAUGAACAUGUAUGGUGAUCUAGUGAUGGACUCUGUGCCUGAAAAGGUUCAUUUCUUCAACAGUUUCUUCUAUGAUAAGCUGAGGACAAAAGGCUACGAGGGAGUCAAACGGUGGACAAAAAAUGUGGACAUCUUCCAGAAAGAUCUUCUGCUGAUUCCCAUUCACCUAGAGGUUCACUGGUCGCUGGUGUCCGUGGACAUCAAACGCCAUGCCAUCACCUACUUCGACUCCCAGCGAACCCUAAACCGACGCUGCCCCAAACAUAUUGCAAAAUACCUCCAGGCAGAAGCUGUCAAGAAAGAGCAAAAAGAUUUCAUGACAGGGUGGAGAGGGUUUUUUAAAAUGAAUGUGGCCAGACAGAACAAUGACAGUGAUUGUGGGGCAUUUGUCCUCCAGUACUGCAAGUGUCUGGCUUUGGGACAGCCCUUCAGCUUCAGCCAACAGGACAUGCCCAAACUGAGGAGACUCAUGUACAAAGAACUGUGUCACUGCAAGCUCUCACUGUGAUGUCCGUGGGAGCAGUACUGCAGUCAGGAGGAAGGAGGGGGGAAAAAAAAAAAAAGAAAGGAAAAAAAAAAAAACUCUCCAAAUGUUAACAUCUGUCAAACAUCCCAGAGAGACUUUAUACUGAGGAUAUUGUAUCCUUGUGUCAUUACACCCAUCCAUACUUUUUUUUUUUUUUUGUACACAUUUUGUGUCGUUUUGUACUUUUGUUUCCUUGUGGUUGACAAAGGCCAACUCUGCCAUGACGGUUACCAUCUUGAUGCAUUGCAUUAUGGGGACAUGUUAGAACCUGGGGGGAGUGGCGUCGGACCCAUCCCUGAAACAACCUGAAUAGAGAAUCUUGGGAAUGAGCUAUGAUUUUCUGGGGAGUUUUUUUUUUCCAGGUUCUGUUUGCCAUGUGUCCACAAAUGUGUUGAUAUAGUUUUCAUCAACGGUGUCAGGAAGAGAAGGACUUUGUUUUAGUUUUAUUUUUGAAUAAAUCAUGUCUUACAGAA